AUGUAUUCGCGGUCCUUCUUCCGAGCAACAUGGAUUACCACUGGUCUGGAUGCUGGAUUCUGGACCGCGAUGAACAUAAAGCCAAAAUGGCUACGAGACAUAGCAUCACUGGUCUUCACGGCUUACUAUCUCAUAGCUGCUGAACACGCUGACGAGAAAGUUCGUCGGGUCCGUGCUACCCUCACACUGGAGCAUCUACGUGUGUCUUGGAAUAAAGCCACCAGCCCCUACCUGUGGUCAUUGGCGAAACUGCUACGGCCGCGAAUGACUCGGUUCCCGGCUCGAGCGAUUCGUAUUCCUCGCCCGAGGCAGUCUGUUUACACCGAGCCAGUGAAUGCGUGGCUUUAUUUCGAUGGUCCGCUAAGUGCGCUUCGAGAUCAGACUGACAUCGUCCUGGAUGUACCCGGCGGUGGCUUUGUGGCUAUGAGUCCCCGAAACUCGGAAGACAAACUAUUGUCUUGGGCAGGACGUCUCAAGGUACCCAUUCUCAGUAUUGAUUACCAGAAGGCACCGGAAUUCGCAUACCCAUAUGCGCUGCAUGAAUGUUACGAUGUCUACCACAGCAUCAUUGCCACGAACGGUCGUUGUAUGGGUCUGAGUGGUAAGACCCGUCCUCGGGUUCUUGUCACUGGCGAGAGUGCGGGCGGCAACCUAGCAGUGGGCAUGACCUUGAUGGUGUUGCAGUCCGCCAUGGCUCAGGGCUGGCGUGGAGAGGAUGUGCUCCCAGCACCUGAUGGUGUGGUUUUAGGAUACCCUGCAUUGAACAUGAAGGUUGAGAGCUGGAUGAGCGAUGAACAGAUGUCAUUGAUCCAGGAGAAGAGCACCCGCCAGACAAAUCGCAGUGUUCUACAACGGAAACAAGAUGAAUAUCGUAAACUCACGCCAUUCACAUCGCCAGGUCGCUCGGUUGAGGAUCUAACUGCUAUUUCACCACCUGAAAAGGCAAAGGAUAGCAAAGAGCCCAAUGUGGUCGCCGAGGCUGCCAAAGCACUUGAGAAGAAACUCCAAAAGAGCGAGGACCUAGCCCCAAAUCCUGUUGCUAAAGCAGAAGACGAGGUCAAACCAAUCAAGACUAGACUAGCCGUCUCGUCUAUGAUCACCUACGUCCACGACCGCAUCCUCACACCUGAAAUGACGCGUGCGAUGAUCAUCCUAUACAUCGGACCCCACCAUCGCCCUGACUUCAACACCGAUUUCCUUCUGUCUCCUGUCCUGGCCCCAGAUGCUUUACUUGCCCGCUUCCCGAAAACAUAUAUCAUGACUGGAGAGCGAGAUCCUUUGGUUGAUGACACAGUCAUAUUUGCUGGAAGACUGCGCCAAGCAAAGCUGCAUCAGUUCCGCGAGCGCCAGGAUCUGGGAUUGGAGAGGUCUAAACGCCCUUUCAACGAGAGAAACUACGUCGAGAUUUCUCUGAUCCCUGGAAUUUCACACGGAUUCAUGCAGAUGGCUGGCUUCUUCCCCGACGCGUGGAAGUAUAUCCAUCGCAGUGCGGACUGGCUUGAAACUCUGUUCCAGAAUAUCAAGACAGACGACUUCGAGGUGGAUGUGCUUUACCCUGGUCGGGAUGUGAAUGCUGCGAAUGCUAAUCCUUCCCUUAAAUGGUCUGGGCGUACAGAAAACAAAGCGCAUGCUCCAAACGAUGGACGUAACCACAAUCGCAAAUUCACCGGCGAGUCCUCGGGUGAUGACGAUCAACCAUUGGAAAUGACCAUGAGCAAAAUCACACCCGUUGCUGGCAGCGAGGCUGCGUCUACAUCGAAGGCUGAACACCGCACGCGUCGGAGGAGAUCACAUUCCUCUUUUGCUUCCUCGCGAGUCACUGGUUUUACAUCAUUGGCAGAUGAUCGCAACGCCAAAGACGAUUUCAUCGCUAAGCUCCGAUGCUUGCAGCGAGCGGGUCGUUCGCAGGAUACUUUCGAUCCCGAUGAGACAAAUAGUGCGCCUGAAAGUCCUGUUCGUCCGAGAGGACGGAGCAUUGCUUCUCUUGAUAGCGAAGAGGAUCUGCUAGAUCGUCGGAUGAAUGGACUCGCUGGUGGGUUGAUGGGGAUUGGGGAAGGGGCUCAGACUCCCGGGCUGUGA